UUUGCCGCCAUAAUUUAUUUUACCAAGCACACGUCGUUUUAAUACUUGUCAAGGUUUGGGAGGCUUUUGAAGGAAUUUCACUGUUUUAAAAGACAUCAAAGAUGCCUGUUACAAGAACAACGAGCGAAAGAGAGUCUUAUACACAUCUACAACAACGGAAACGCUUCAAAGUUAACAGGUAUAUAUGUCAUGUUUUCUUGAAAUACAUUGCUAGGUGCUAGCAUUCUUUUAUAUGUGGCAUCGUUGCCAUGCUAGACUUUUAUUCGUUCAUUUGCCCCAGCAUUUACGGAUACAUUUAUAGCAACCUUGUAUUGAUGCUAAAAUAAAAACCACGAACUUCUGUAGGUAAUACAACUACCUGAAAUUAAACUGUGAGUAUUGCAGUAGAAUGAUCCCAUUCGGUUUUAUAAAACAUCCUUCAAAGUACUUGCUUGCUGUUGUUAUUAAUGCACCUAUCAAUGUUGAGCCCCAGUGUGUGUGGGUCGGGCAUAUGUGGGGCAUUUGAUUUUUCAUGCAACCUUUUUGGUCAAAUUCCCUACCAUGGGAAAGCAAAUAUCAGUCAAAUGUGAUCAAAUGCCCCACUGUUGGGCACACAUAUUUGUGGUGAAAGUCAUUUGUCCCAGUCCUCAACAUGUGCUCUUCCUCAGGAUGCAAGACGGUGCUAAUUCAAAUAUCCUCAUCGUCGGGAGAUGGUGUCGAUCAAAUUCCCGAGGGUGGGGAAACAAAAGUCGAUCAAAUGCCCGACAUAUGCCCAACCUCCUCCCCUGGGGCAAUUAACAUUGAUAGGUGCACUGAAAAAUACCCAGUGAGAUAGUUUCCAUAUCUUCACUAAUGAAGAUAUCGAUCACAUGACUUUUUCCAAUUUGCUUUUGAGCAUGAAAUUUCACAAUUUUUUCUUGGGACUAUAUAAUAAACAGAACAUUACAUGACCAGUGGCUUAUCUUCUCGUGUUAAAAACAAUAUUUUACUCACUCGCUGCACUUGGCUGUAAAAUAUCUUGUUUUCACCACUCGAAGAUAAGUCAUAUCUUCAUGCCACUGUGUAAUAUCCUCUAUUUAUUGUUUUACUCUGUCUAAUGCCAGACAAUUUUACUUGUCAAAGGGAGGUUGUUGCCACUCGAUGGGUUAUAAAACAAUCAUUUGGUUUUACUGUAAUUUACCAUAUAUCUCAACUUUGCAGAUCUCAAGACAUAACAGGCUUGCAGUGCACACCAUUAUUACCAUCAGCAUUGGAUGCAGAUCAAAAUGCAGCAAAACAAACUUCAUGGAAAGGAUGGAAACCUCUUUCAAAUGAAUCAAGUCCACAGACAAACAAAGAAAAUAACAACGAGUUCCCCCCAUUGACUAAUGGAAAUAUAUUUGAUUCAUGGUCAGUUGCAAGUUUCAAUUUUAUAUUACUUUAAUAUAGACAUAGUAGUAAUACCAAAAAUCUGUGAGUACUUAUAAAAUAUCAAAAUCUAAACUUGUUAGGUACACGCCUGAACCAAUAAAAAAUUGGGCAGACUUUAUGGACAUUGAAGAAUCACAAGAGAAUAAAAUGCCUGAUUUUGGCAAGAAACAAAGGUAUGUACACAUUUUUGUAUUAUUGUUAAAUAAUCAUUGUCAGAUGAAUUGUAAUGGUGGAUACAUAUGUUCUAUCUAGGUUUAAAAGAAAGCUUCUCCUGUCGGAUAAAAGUGAAAAAACAAAAGUAUGCAAACCCAUUUUAACUGAUGAACAUCGUCUUGCUCAAAGACAGAAACAAAUAGACUUUGGCAAAAACACAGCAGCUUAUGGGAGAUACGUCACCGAAAAACCACGGUAAGAAACGCUGAUUAUUUAAACCUAUUAAUUAACUGAGGUUAUAGCCAACAACUUUACUCUGUUGUUAGUCAGGUGCAAUUGCGACCGAAAAUAAAAUUUAACCCGUUGAGCUCCAAUGCCCUUCUCGCGCAAGAUAAAAUUAUCUGGCAUUAGACAGAGUAAAAUAAUAGAUUGGUUAAUGUUAAUAUGGUUAAUGAUAGCACUCUUUUGCCAAUGGACUAUCAAUCUGAAUUGUAAAAUGUUGACAGCAAUUUUUUUUCUAUGAUGACUUUAAAAUUGCAAGGACUGAUUCCAACACAUCUGUACCGAAAAAAUUUACUUUUGGCCACAUGACCAUAUUAUAAACCUUGAAUUAUCUUAAUAUUCAGUCACUGUCGAGAUGUGGAAGACCCCAAAACACCAGAUAAGUUUCAAAUCUGCAGUACAAGAUCGUGGACUGGUCAGGUACGAUGUUGGAGAAGAAAGCUUCAUGAAUGGGACCCACCAAGUGGAGAAAAAGAUGAUGAUGUCUUUGCACUUGUAUCAAAAAGGUAUGUAACCAAAAUACAACAUCUGAUAUGAAUAUUAAAACAUCUUGAAUAUUGUUCCAAGCUGGGCAAUUCCAUGUGACUGACGUUACAUUUAAAGGAUUUUUUCACACAAAAACACCUUAAAGGUGAUCUACAGUCCGAUCUGCGCAUGUGCACAAAUGAGCCCACAGUUUAUGAUACAAACAGUUUAACUAUGUUUUGAGUUCUUGAAAAGCCUGAUUGUGGUUUCCUGAUCAUUUAUUAUACUCUAGAAGCUUGAAAAUAUAAAUAGUUGUCGAAUAAAGCUCAGUAUUUUGGACACAAAAAUGUAAACAAAGGCUUUGUUUACAUACGGACUGUAGAUCACCUUUAAAUAUUUUUGAGUGUUAUAUGUUAACUUUCCAUUUUCUUACAAACUGAAGAUAACUAUAUCCUCUAUCUUGUGUAACAGUUAAAUCAAACUAAAUUUAUGUUUUUUACUGUUCUCGGCAUUUAAGCGGCUGUGACUGAUGUUACACAAAAUGGACAAAGCAUUUUAUUAAACUUUUGUUGUCAAAGUUUGUCUUCAAACAUAAAAAGAAAAUUUAAAAUCCUUAUAUUAUAUCAUUUAACAAUAAAAAAAACUUUAUGUACAUAAGUUGACUUUUUGAUAAAACAUCAUUCCAGGGGGGUGAGGAGCUAAUAAUAGUGUGACUGAUGUUACGUACUGACGUUACAACUGACAAUGUUAAAUGUUCAGUUAAAAUUGUCAUCAAAGCCAUGGAAAACCCCCAGUUCAUUCACCAAUGUACUGUUUUAUAUAUAUCUUGCAUCCAUGUCAAUACUUUCAUAGUUUAUACAUCACUAUUGUUGGUGCUGAAAUCUGGAAAGUCAUAGUGUUCCCGUGCAUUUAUAAGCACUGGCGGUUUCAAUGCUUUUAGUACAUGGUCUCGAGAAUAGAGAAUUUUGUCCUCUUGUUGUGGCCACUUCCAGUAUUUGCCAGCUUUUACCAUGACUGAAACUUCAUAACUAUCACCAUGCAACCACUGCCUUUAUCUCUCCGGGAAAUAGUUCAUCCUCAUAUUGUAUGACACACCAACUGGACACAUCGAGAUUUUCUGAAUCUAAUGUACUUUGUGCUACCGGUAUGUUUGUUUCCUUUGCAGCCUUGGUUGUUGUAUGAGCAUGUAAGACUGAAUCAAUAACUUGAAUGGAAUGAACUGACUUGAUACCUUUUACUGCAGGUGCAUUCUGAAAUACUUCUUCAACGUUGAGGGUGGCAUUUCUCUUAUCUAUUUCAUCCGAUGUCAUUUCCACCACAUCCACACUGCAUACUUUUUUGGCAGUUGCCGUAAACGAAGUAGCAUCAGUUACAAUAGAUGUUCUUCUGCUGACAGCUGUCCAUACUUGUCUUUUUACUGAACCACUGAUUCCAUCGACUGGCCCUUUUCCAUGGGAUGUGGCAAAAUAAUUCCAUUGGAUGUGGAUUUGAUGUUUGUCUUGAAGUGCUUUUAUGGCUGCAGUGAUAAAUUUGUUCUUGAACUGUGAUGAAGGACCAUCAGACCAUAUUGAGACUGUUUUCACAGUUGUUGGAAGGGUAUCGAGGAGAUAGUCGAUGUAGGCUACAACUGUAUCCUUCCCAUGAUCUAAAUUAUCUGAUGCAAGGACCUUUGAGUGUAGCUUCCCAUCAAACCAAAUCGCUGCGGUUAAAAGGCUGACUUGGUCUUGCUUCCAGUGCGCACUUUGAAUUUCAUCCUGAAACAUACAGGUGUAGUUCUCGGAGAAAUCCACUUGGAACAUGGCAUGUGUUUGGUCAAAAUCUUCACCACCAACAGACUCUUUCCAUUUGGUAGCUACUCGCUUGUCUUCUCUUUACAUAGCAAUGCUUCAGGAAUACUGGUAAUUCUGAACAUAUAUGAUCAAAAAGAUCAUUUGUGGUGCCCUCCAUCACCAUCUUGCACAGCUUAUCAUCAGCAUCUUUUCUCCAAACAUGCCAAGUAACUGGUUCUGCCUCUUCAAAGCAAAACAUACUUCUGAGCACCUUUGCAUCUUUACAUGUGGAACAUUCAUUGAACCAACAUUCUUCUGUGGCAGACUCACAGAUGAAUUUUUCUGGCAGAUGGUGGUCAUAUUGUGGGAAAAUAUGAAUUACUUUAUUAAGACUGUUCACAGCCAUGAUAAAGUUUUCAUGAUACUUGCAGAGACACACAUUGCGAGGAAGUUGACUACUCAGAAGCACAUGUUUAGGUCUCAGUUCAGCAAAUUUGCUUUUUCCAAUUUUAAUGGUCGGAUUGGCAUCUGUGAACAACGCAUAAACUUCAUUAAUGGACAUAUGAAGGUGCCGGGCUUGAAUUUUACUUUUUGCACCAUCAGCACCACGGAUUAUCACUACAUCUUUCCUGCCAGGGGCUUGGCGGCUAAUAUCGUCACGCUCGUAAAAUGCUUUACUAAGUCAAUAGUUUCAUCACUUAUUCAUGUAAUUCAAAUAUGAUGACUUUUUCUUUAUUGGACUGAUUUAAAGCCAUAUUAAUGAUGUGACUGACGUUACAAGUUUUAACAUCUGUUAUAUUGUGGAAGAGCCUAGAUUUUUUUUGGUCUAAUUAGCUUGGAAUGCUUGUGAAAGUAUAAAGUAACGAUGGAAAGUACAUUUUAGAAAUUCUGAAAAUUAGUUCUGUAAAAAAAUUAAAAGGAGGAAAUAUUUUGUGACUGACGUUACACAAUAAUUGCACUUUAAUUAACGGCUCUAAUUCUAUCUACAAAUAUUUGGUAACCUGAAUUUAAAUAUUUCUUUUAAGAAAUUAAGACUUCUAAUAUUACUUGCAGUUGAAAUAAAUCUUUUUUAUAACAUUUAAACUUUAAAUCAGCAAUUCCUAAAAUUUCUCCAUAUUCUCACUGAAUAAUUAAUAUAAUGACGUCAUUAGUUUUCGGGCCAACAAAAUUCUCAGAAUUAAUAGUUUUAAUUUUAAAGUUCAAUUUCCUUGUACUUAAAGUGAUUGUCUAUAACAAUCAUAUUUUUUUUUAAUAAAAACUUUGAAUUAUUUUUUCUAUUUAAUAAUGAGUAUGUCAUGGAAUUGCCCAGCUGCCUAGACUAGAAACCCAGGCCCCCUUUUUUGAAGUAGGGUGAAAAUUGCCAAUGUGGGUAGCAAAGAAUACAAAAUGUGAACUUGCAUUACUACCUCACAUUUUCUUCAAUAUGUGAAGGUUCUAAAAGCAAUAUUUUUAUUCCAGUAAUGUCCAGGAGGAUGUGAUCUCAGACAUGAGAAGUUCAGCAUCGUCAUCACAAAAUGAAGAUUUCUCCACCGAUUUAUAUGGAUGUUUAUUACGAGAGAAGUUGUGUUUAUAGUUUGGCACACUUUAAUUAAACUUUUAUUGUGAUCGAAGAAUGAUCCGGGGAAAGUUAACCUUGAUAAAAACAAUGAUGAACAAAGUGCAUCAAAAACUGCAUCAUCUAUUUUGUAAAUAUUGUUCAGUAUUUUAAUUAAGUAUUAUUUACAGAUUCUGAUCCUGAAAGUCAUUGGGUCAACCUGUAAUUUGUGGAAAUUGUAAAAAAAAGUUCUUCCAAAAGGUAUUGAAAAGGAAAUGUUGUCACAUUUGUAACCAGAGUUGUCAUUGGUGAUAACAAAUGUAAAGUUCAAACCACAUACAAAAUAUUGCCAUUUGAUUUUGUAGUUAAUCUGGAUUUGUCUGACAGAUGUGUGUUAAGCCUGGUUCACAUAUACCUGCAGUAUGUCGGCAGGCUAUUGUUGUUAGCAGUUCAUGAGUUCAGCCAAAUAAUUCACAAAAGAAUAUAUGCAUCAACAGUUGUAAACAAUGAUACCGCAGGCAUAUGUGAACCAGGCCUAACUGGAGUUGUCUUGCAUGAUCUUAUUCUCUUUAUUCAGCACUUUCUUUCUAAAAGCUGUAUAUUUAUAUAUAUCCACUUCUGUCUUGGCCAUUCUGUUGCAUGUAGCCAUGCAGUUAAAUAAUUACUGGUUUCUCACUAGUUGUCUUCUAUUGGAUGAUAAUUUAGAGGGAAAAAUGAAACACUAUAAUGAAAAGAAAACAUUACUGAGUGAAGCUUUGGAAAGGGACAGAGCAUGGACGAAUUGUCUGGGGGUGUGCAUCCCCCCCCCCCAAAAAAAAAAAUUUGCACUUCAGAAAGUUU